CAGCCUCGGUUUUCACAGUAUUAUGGCCGAUAAAUUCGCAGCAAAAUUUGUCUCUCACAAAAUUAGCAGAACUCGUUGGCGGCCGGUGUCAGCCUCUUCGCUGCAGCAACCGGAUGUGUUCGCAACCGGCUCCUGGGAUAAUGAGGAAAACAAGGUAUGUGUGUGGGCCACUUCAGACUUUGGAGCCACAAGUCUUGAUGAAGAAUACCAAGGAGAUCCUAAGCAACUGUGUGACAUCAAGCACCCUGGUGAUGUCAUGGACAUGCAGUUUUUAGAUAAGGAGAGGAUUGUAACCGGCUCGUCCACGGGAACUGUAACGAUCUUUCGCCAUCAUGAAAACAAUCAGACCUUAUCCGUAAACCAAAGGUGGGAGCAGGCACAUUAUCAUGUUGGAUCAAACAUGAGAGCCCCUUGCACUGCCAUUGUAUGUAGCAGUCCAGAAAUUGUUUCUGUUGGGGAGGAUGGCCGAAUAAACUGUUUCCGUGCUGAGAGCAGAGAUGUUGUGAGAACAAUAGAUGAUGCAGACAGCAGUACAAUGCAUGGAGUAACAUUUCUUCGCACGACAGAGAUAUUGACUGUAAAUUCAGUAGGCCAGCUGAAGUUGUGGGAUUUAAGAAAGCAAGGCAAUGAUCCCACCCAGAUCUUCUCCGUAACUGGUGAAAGAGUCCCUCUUCACUGUGUUGACCGUCAUCCUAACCAACAACAUGUUGUGGCAACAGGUGGCCAGGAUGGCAUGCUUUGCAUCUGGGAUGUCAGACAUGGCAAAAUGCCAAUGUCUCUGCUUAAUGCUCAUGAAGCAGAAAUGUGGGAGGUGCAUUUCCAUCCAUCCAAUCCUGAUCAUCUGUUUACUUGCUCUGAAGAUGGCUCCUUAUGGCAUUGGGAUGCAUCAGCUGACUCUGAAAAGCCUACCUUCCUCCUUGGGGGAAGGAGCACCUUCAACAUUUCACGUAGCAGCAUAGCUCCUCCUAAUGCCAACCAGUCCUUGGCUUGUGCUUGGCUUAGUACAGACCCCACUAAAGGCCAGCUAGAGAUCACCAACCUCUUGCCAAGCUCAACACUGUCUGUGAACAGUCUGGAUGUUUUAGGGCAAAACCUAGUCUGUGGAACUGAUGCAGAGGCAAUUUAUGUUACCAGAAGACUCUUUUCAUAGAUCGAUUAAGUGCAGAUCCUUUUCAAAAUGGCUGUUCUUCAUAAUAAAUGUACACUAUAAAUUUCAUUAGAAAUACAGGCUACAGUAUCUAAUCUAGAUGAUUAUCAGUCACAUCUAUUAAUUAAUAUGCAGAAAUUGUAGUAUGACUUAACCCAAUAGCAGUUCCACUUCAGUUAUUAUGUGAAGUGUAUGCCUCCUUGAGAUAACCAGAAAUUACUGGUUCAAGAUAUUGGCCAUACACUGUACUGAGUCUUAUUUUAAUUUCCUGGUAGUUAUUUUUAUGUGCAUUAUGAAGUAGCUGGUUCACCUAUACCAUAAAUAAAUGCCUUAAAGAAAAUUCUGGCUGAAUAAAGGGAAAAAUAUACCCACA